AUGAAUCUUUCGAAGUCCUUUUUCGCCACCUCCGGCAAUCCCGGGGCGAAAAAUACGCCGAGGACGUCCGACGUGCAAGAUGAAUCUCUCGUCUCAGCGGGCUGUCGAUGGAGCAGAGCCUUGGUGCUUAGUCGGUUGGAAUCAUCAGUUCCAACAGGAAGACCACUUUCCGAAAAUUAUUUUAAUCGAAAAGCUGAUGGGUUCGAGGCCAAGAAAAGUCCUUUCAACUGAUAAAUGUGGAAUGGUUUAUU